CCUCUUGCUGGCAGCCACACUCCCAGAGCCUCACAGGAGCUUCACUCUCACAGAAACCCCACACACACACAGAGUCGGGCCUGGACACAGAGAUACACUUGGCUGCCAAAUCAUAAUCAGUGCACCUCUGAGUGAGGCCUCCGUUUGCCAAAUCUCUCUGUUUUAUUACACCGACAUGGAGCUCCACAGUCUACAUAAAACCUUCCACCACAGCCACCUGGGCGAGGAGAAGCACCAGAUGCUGAACCUGAACAGACGCCUGGAGACAUACCUGAGCCGGGUCAAACACCUGGAGGAGGAGAAUGCGCUGCUUGCAGAAGAGAUCCAAGCUCUGAGACACAGCAAUCAUGGAGCCUCGACACAGAGGAAGGGCCUGAAGGAAGAGCUGCGUCAGGUGAGACUGGAGGUGGACGCAGCCUGGAGGGACAGGGUCCUCACAGAGAUGGAGGUCUGCAAGGUGGCCGAGGAGCUCCAGGCCCUGGACCUGCUGAGGCAGAGGGAGGCUCAGGCCCAUAUGCAGGCCAAGAAGAAGAUAGAGCAGAGCAAGAAGGAGCUGGAGGAGGAGCAGAGGGCUCAGAUGUGGCUGAGGGAGAAGGUCAGUCAGCUGGAGAAUGAGAUGAGGCACCUAACUCAAACCCAUCAGGAGGACGUCGCCCACUUGGAGGCCACAUUGAACCACUCCAGAGCCACAAUGCCACCUACAUGGGCUCAAAGGGGCAACCAGACACCAAACCUCCUACAGCUGGGACAGGAGUACUCCCAGGCGGCCAACAGGGCAUGGCAGGAGGCAGCAGAGGCCCAUCAGGGGCAGUUAGAUCGGCUGGAGGAGUCACUUAACCAGACCAGGGGCCAUUUAACCCAACUGAAUCAGGAGAAGAGCGAGAGUCAGCUGAAGCUCCAAGCGCUGGAGAAGGAGAUCGCCUCAGCUCAUGACGUCAGGCGGCAUCUGGAGAAGACUGCAGCCCAACAGGGAGACAGAUACAGCCGGGAGAUCCAGCAGCUCCAGGAGCACUUAGAGGGCCUGGAGGCGGAGAAAGAGGAGCUGGGCCAGCAGAUCGACCACAUCACCCUGGAGAACCGAGGCCUGCUGCAGCAGAAGACGUCUCUGGGUCUGGAGGUGGCGACAUACAGAGCUUUGCUGGACGGUGAAGGCCACAGGGGAGACAUCUUUUUGUUAAAUCAGCCAAGAAACGUUUCCAUCACAGAUGCAGUUUUCAGUCCUCGGGGGGUUAAAAAGAAUUACCAGACCCAGCUGUUUGCUGGCCACAAGACCACUUCCCUCUCAUCUCAUCGUGGUGUGACAGCGAUUACUGCAACGCCAAGCUGGAGCAGAAAACCUGCCACCUUCACUGAAACUCCAAAGAUUUCCAAGAAACCUGCAUAUGAUGACACAAAGUCCACAACAUUGGAAACCCCUUAUCCCAAAAUACUGCAGGAUGGAGCUGUUGAGAAUUUCAGACCACAGGAGGUUCAGGAGAAAGUCACCUAUGCUGAGCCUCUAUCACCUCCCAACGAGCAGGAGGCUGAAGCAACAUCAGGGGACAAAGAAGGUGAAGAGGACAGGAGCAAUGCUGGUGCAGAACCUCCUGAGGAUGAACCAGUUGUUGAGUCAGUUGUCAGUUAUCAGGUCGAGUCUGGUCUCAACACUGAGCCACCCCUCUGUGAUGAAGUGGAUCAGCAUCAGUUUACCACGCCCAACCUCACACCAUACCAUGUUAGAAUGACAGAGGAGCAGUGUGGUGAUGAAUCCGAUAAGGAUGUGUCCUCUGAAAUACCUGCAGAAAAAGAUGAUAUGCAAGAGCUGCAAGCUCCAACUGAAGCAUGGAUAGAGAAAGAGGUCGAGCAUGUGCAAGAGGAAACCUCAGAUUCUGGAACAGACGCAGUUCUUGAACCAAACUUUGAUUCCAGGACAAGCAGUCCGGUGACUGAAUGUGAGGCUGAAGAAAGCUUGUUAAACAGAGUGACAGACUUCAGCCAAGAUGAAAACAUCAUUAAGGAGGAUGCAGCUGAGAUACAGCAAGAAAUAAGCCGUUCUGUUGUGGGAACAAGCGUGAUGGAUGUUGAGGAUAAGUUGUAUCCAGAUGGAGAGGAAAUGGACACAUGGGACAGUGUCAUAGAAAGGAAGGUUGAUGUGAAGACAGAUGAAGGGAUAAAAGAGGAUGAAGAAAAACGACAACACGCUGAACCUGAGGAAGACAUAUCACCAAGAGAACAAGAGCAUGACAAGAGAGAACCUAAGCAGGAUUUUGCCACAGAUGUACAGCAAGACAACAACAUAGUGUCUUCAACUAUGGACACUCCAGCAGAUGAUGGACAGCAUGAUGCGUUCGACCAAGAUCAUGCGCUGCUUCCUGACAACCAAGAAGAGGAUGACGAGGAUUCUCAAAAUGUCUCCAUGUCAUGGCGGACCGAGUUGGAGAGCAACAGCUACGCUCAGGAUAACACUCUUGCCGACACUCGUCCUCUGAUUCGAUACAAGAGUGAUGAGACUGACGCCAACACUCAGGCGUCACACAUGGACGAGAGCGAGUCUAGUGAAGGUGAACAGGAAAAGAAGAUCGAAGAGAUGGAAAUGUGGAGUGAAAGCAAGUCAAAGAGAUCUGGAACUAUGGAAGAUCUGUGUGAGGAAGUGGAAGGGGAAGCGUUGGAUGAGGAAUAUAAUCUAGGGUAUACUAACAUUGAGGACAGGGAUGUUGAUGAUGCUACAACUGUUCGUGAACAGGCUACGCUGCUGAAGGAUACAGAAAAGUCAGAAGAAAUGAUCAGAGAAGUCAGAGAGGGACAUUUGGAUGAAGAAACUCAAGAACUUUCCAAACUCACGGUACCUACAAAUGUGGCCUACGAUGAGGAGUUGGAGAUAGACCGACUUGUGGAACAGGAAUUAGAAAAUCUUGCUACAGACUACUACAGCGCUUUCUUUGCACAGCAGCAGCUCAGCAAGAGUGAGGAACAUCUGCAACACAAGUUUCUCAAGGAAAUGACAGAGCAAGAAGAGACUGAAACGGCUUCCUGUGCAGAGCCUGAAGUGAGAGAAAACCACCAACUUGCAUCUUCCACGACAAUUAUAGAUCAACCUCAUGAGAACCUACAUUUCAGUGAUCCAUCCAUGGUAUUGCCUCAGUCAGACACUGUGGCUGAUGAGGAGGUCCAGCAUGAGGUUCAUGAAGCUACAGAUGCUCCAGAGAAAAGUGAAGAAGAGGACGACCACAACGUGUCCAUGGUGACAAAUCCUGAUGUAAUAGAAGAUCACUCUGACGUUACUGACUUCAUCAGCAAGCCUGAUAUGGAAGAAAUCAACAACUCAGAGGAAGCAAACUCUGUGUUGCCGGUAACAGCAGAUCAGGGAAACCUGCAGGAUGUGGCUGCCCCCACUGAGGUGAAAGAGGCUGUACCUGUAGAAGCUUCCAGUGAAUUUCAAGAACGCCUGAUUGAGGAUGUUGUAGAGAGUCAAGAGGCUCCAGAAACAGCUGAAUGGGAAGUCCUGGAGAACCCAAGUGAGGACUUUGAAAUCAGAGAUCAGGGUAAAGAUCAUGAAAAAUGUGACAGUGUUCUUCAAGCAGCUGAAAGUUGUCUCCACGAUGAGGGCGCUAUGACACAUAAAGAGGAGCCCCUUGAGAUUUCCCCCGACAGUCUACCUGAUGAAACAGAUAUCUUUGUGGUGAAGGACUCACCAGAACUAUUGAACACAAACGGCAAAGACAACAGCCUCCAUGGUUUCAUUAGCUCUGGAUUAAAGAGUGAUUUCUGGGUGUCCUCCUUGGAGACCGGUGCCACCUAUCAACCAGAUGAUGUCUGCAAUGAAGCCGCUGAGCAAACCAAUCAGAAUCUCGGGUUUGCUGACAAUUUGGUUUGGGGGGAUUCAGAAAAUGUGGAUCACUGGAACUCCAGGGUGGAUAUUGAGUCAUCUAAAACCCUGACUGCCAAGAAAGAGCAGCAGCAGACGCAUUCAGAGGUGAAGCAGGUGUUGUGUAGAAAUGAGAAGGAGCUGGUCCAUUCUGAUGAGUCAGAAGCUGAGGGUGAAUCCUGGUCGUCAGGGGAAGAACCAAUAUGAGAAGUAGUGCUUUUAUUACAAUGAGUUUUAGAUCUAAUCAGUGUUAGUCAGAGGAAAAUUACUUUUAACGCAUUCACUAUGAAAACCAAAGUCGUGCCUUGGUGCGCACCCCAGUGACGCUAACCAUCAAUGUGCCAAGUCUGUCUAGAAUAAUACAAAGCACUCACCUCAUUUACUUCAGGUGAGACACCCCAGGUGAACAGGGUAAAAUUUUUAGAUGUCAUCAUGAAACUUCCCCAGAUGAUUACCUACAACAGUGGCGUUCGGCCACAAAUGUGUUUUAUUAGAAUCGUGGGAUCUAAAUAUAUAGGUUAUACAUAUAUUUCAAAAAUAAGAAUAGGCCUCAAAAUAAAACAGAAACCCUGCGAUGUAAUAAUCUGCAAUUCCAUUCAUGCCUUAAAGCCUCCGAAAAUAAUGUCAUAAAUCAAAAAUGCAUGUUUGUACCUCUGUGUCUUUAAGCAGCAGAUUUAGCGCAGUUUAUUGGUAGUUUAAUCUAUAAUAAUACAUCCUUAUUUCUUAGUUGAUUAUAUUUUGUAUCUCUAAUCUGAGUCUUCAAAAGUGACUUAACCAGACAAAUAAAUGUAGUGGAGUAAAAAGUACAAUGUUUGCGUCUGAGAUGUGGUGGAGUGGAAGUAUAAAGUAGAAUAAAAUAAAAAUACCAGCCCAUUCUCAUUCCAAAGUCGCCACCAAGGGACGUCAGUUUGUAACACAGCCAGACAGAACCUUUUUGUGGUCUUAUGAUAUGCUGCUGGUUGGCUGGACAGCACUUGUCACGGCAGUAUGAUACGCCCAUUGAUGGCCUCAGUUUGAAAUGCUGCUGGUAACAAACAUAAUAUAAGGACCUGGAAAGUCCCUUUAGGAUGGAUGGGUCCUACAAGCCUGGACUUUCACCCAGGAGCCCCGUGUAUGCUCCCGUAUGAAUGUAGAGCCAAACCACGAAGUUCUUUUUUCUAAACCUAACCACGUGGAUUUGUUAAUGUCCCGACGUUGGUUGCAGCAUCCCAGAACGUCAACAGCAGACGCAGGAGGAUACCUAGCAUGUGAAAGUCCACUAGGACGUGAAAGUCCACGAACAAAGCAUUGAUAUGUGACGACAUGGGAUGAGAUCGUGUUGGAAAUACUCAAGUACCUCAAAAUUCUCUCAAUUUUAAUGAUAGCAGUUGCAAAAUAUUCGGUUCGUACACAAUAUUAAUUAGUAACAACUGUUGAUGUUUUUAACAUCAUAAUUCUUAAUUAAUUUUGGAGGAAAAACUUAAAGCGUUAAUAAGAUGCCAAAUGCAUAAAAAAAGCAUCAAAAUUGAGCUUGCUCGUCAAGAAAAUUUCAUGGGGGAGGAUCCUUCCAGACCCCCCUACAACGGACCAGGCUAAGCCCCCAGUGCUCUCAAAUUAAUAAUUAAAAACAUCAUGUCCUGAACAAAAAUCCAAACAUUGGAUAAUCCUGGUUCUAAAUUUGUGUUUCAUUUUGUUGUCAUUUUGAUCUUUUUUUUAUCACUCCAUAAACCAGAAUAUACUGUUAACAGUCAUUAAAAAAAGAAAAUUGCUAUGUUGUCAGGAAUAAAAAUUUCUAUAAAUCAGUCUAUGAAUGAUAUAUGAACAAACAUCUUUAAACCUUCAGAAUACAGACGUAAAACUGGGCAGUUUGGUGGAUUUAAAUACUUCUGAUGAGGAGAUUGUUUAGUCAAAAACAAAAAACAAACCUAAUUUUGAGGAAACAGUCUUUAAAAGAUACGAUUUGUAAAGUCCAAACAUUCUCAGACUAAAGAUAAGACACUAGGGUAAAAAAUUUUUACCAAGAUAUCACUAUGAAACUUCUGCAGUUGAUUACUUACAUUAACACAAAUAUUUUUUGUAUCAUAAUUUUUCUGCAAUUUUAUUGAAUUAAAUCUGCUUUUUGCAUAAAUGAAGUCUGAACUAAAAUAAACCUUAAUGUGUAUUUUCGAUUUUUGAAAAUUGACCAGUGCAUAAAGUCUCUUCUCACCUGGGGUGUCUCGCCACCGACAUAUUUGACUAACAAUUUUAUCUUCUAUCCUAAUUGCUGAAGCUCUUUCGGUUUUUCAGUGUGCAUGUUAAGGAGAAGGUUUGUGCAUGAGGGAACAGCAUGAAGACAGAACAAAGAAUGUCAUUUGAAAGUCAAAGCGUUUAUUGAUUGCUGCCUAAUCUGAUUUUACUGACUGAUGGGAAUCGAUGAGAGCAGGAGGGUUGGAUUUCUGUUUCACAGAGCAUCAAACAAACUGCUCGUGUUUCUGCUGGUGAGUUCUCUCAUUUCCCCAGACAACAGAUGACUCAUCUCUGCAUGUUUAACAGGCGUAGAAUAAUUGGUUGGUUGUAAAAGGUUUAUGUAAAAGAUGACAUAGACCAGUUUGGAUAGUAAACUGUUACAUGUUUGUAUUCGGUUGGUCUGUAUUAAUCAGACAUUUCAUUUCCAUCUAUUUUGCUGCGGUACAUUUACAGUCCAAAAUAAACAGUAGAUUGAUCAUAUGCUCCGAGUCUCUUGUUGCUUUCACAGUCCACCUUAUGCACUGACAUGACCAGAGUAAGUUUAAUCAAGCAAAUAUGUUUAAUAACUCUUAUUUCACUGUUUUAUUCAGGCCAUUACAGACUGUAUUUGUUUACAGUGAAGCUGAAUUAAACUCAUUCAGACAGCGGCCCAGUCGGCAGAACAAAAUGUUAGCAUUAUACGUUUCUGCAAACCACAGAUACGUCACAUUUGUACAUUUCAUACGGAUCAUACCAGCAUAUCUAAACGGAUGUUGCUGUAUAGUGUGAAACAGGUGGACAGCUGCCAAGCAGCAGAACACUGUUUGAGAUGAACAAACAACAAAAUCGGGAAUUUUUUUUUGACGAAAGGUCAGGACAUUUCCAGCCAUGGUUGUAGAACCAAAACCAGGUGUUUUUUUUAGCAACACACUGCUGCAUUUCUGGCCAUGAUUGUGUCACCAAAAUUGUUUUCUUAGUGACACAUUAGUACAUAUCCAGCCAGAACUGUGCAACCAAAUUCGAAUAUUUUUAGGGAGACACUAGCUGCAUUUCCAGCCAUGCAUCUACCACCAAAACUGAGUGGUAUUUUAGCAACACAUUGCUGCAUUUCCAGCCAUGAGUAUGCUCCCAAAACCCACUAUUUUUAUGGAGACACCAGCACCAUUUCCAGCUCUGAUUGUGGUACUAAAAACCAAGUGUUUUAAUUAACACAUUUGUGCAUUUCCAGCUGCAAUUCUGGCACCAAAGCCCAGUGUUUUUAAGUGAGACACUGGUCGCAUUUCCAGCCAUGCAUCUGCACCAAAACCAAGUGGUUUUUUUUUUUUUGUUUGUUUGUUUUGCAACACAUUGCUGCAUUUCCAGCACUGACUGUGGCACCUACCUUUUUGCCGACACAUUGCCGUAUUUCUGGCCAUGAUUGUGUCAUCAAGGCAGCAAGGCCAUGAUUGUGGGACCAGAACCUGGUGUUUUUUAGCAGCACAUUGAUGCAUUUCCAGUUGUGAUUCUGCCACCAGAACGAGGUGUUUUUUAGUGAGACAUUGGCAGCAUUUUAAGCCAUGCAUCUGCCACCAAAACUGGGUGUUUUUUAGUGACACAUCCCUGUGUUUCCAGCCAUGAUCAUGCUACUGAAACCCACUGUUUUUAUGAAGGCACCAGCAGCAUUUCCAGCCAUGAUUGUGGCACCAAAACCAUGUAUUUUAAGCCAAAUCAUGAUCUUUUCCUUACCCUAACAGAGUGUUUUUUGUGCUUAAACCUAACCACAUGUUAACCACAGCAUUGACAUGAAAUGCAUGCAUGUUACAUAUACAUAGUUUGCAGAAAUGUACAAUGCCAACAUUUAUUCUGAUGACUGGGUUGAAUACAGCCCACUGAGAGUUGAGCUGAUAAUAUUUUGAUUUUUGAAUUCUGAUUAUUUGGUAUGAGCUAUUCUUUUCAAAUUAAAAUGUCGGGAACUCAGUGACAACAGGACUUUUAUUGUUUCCUUAUAAUUUCCUGUGUGUCUGCCAAAGUGUUCUGGAAAGGACAAUAUAAUUUCAUACAGGAAAUAAACAGUGUUCAGUUCAUACACUUUGAUUUUUUUGCUACCAUCACCAAGAGAGUCUUUAA